AAUGCUUUCUUGAAGAUGAUUUCAGACACACUGCUAGGAUACUGCCUCUACUCACUGAAGCAGAAUCCUCUGAAGAGUUGCUGAGGCGGAACUGAAAUCAUGGCUCACCUCAAAGAAGCAGCAGUAUUGGCCGUUAACGAUGCCUCAUACAGAAAGACGGUGCUCCUUUAACUCGGGGUUUUAAUGGGAAGUUUCUAAGCCUGAAACAACAGCUUUAGACCUGGGGUGUGCCAUCAACUGCCUUGCAGCUACCACUGUCUACUGCUUUCACACAGCGUGGUCGGGAAGAAUGGAAACUAAAGAGGCUCGUAACUACCUGUAACUGUUCCACCAGGACAUGGAUCAAGUGUUUGUUCAACCAGAGCCAGCAUUAAAAUUAGACUUUAUUUCCUGAGCACCCACAAAUGGACCUGACAAAGGGAAGACACAGAUGUACUGUGUGAUGGGGAACGUCUGUCAGGAUUAAAAUACGGCCAUAACUCAGCCUCUCCAGAGUGCAGCCACCAUGACCUCUGCAGAUUGAUGAUGGAAGAAAAGGAAACCAGGACAUCCUGUGCUCUGGCUUCCCUGGACCAUGGAUGGAGGACAGCCCAUCCCUUCAUCCCUAGUGCCCCUUGGGAACAUAUCAGCAGAUUCUAGCAUGUCCCUGGAGCAGAAAACGACAUUUGUUUUUGUGAUUUUGUUGUUUAUCUUCUUGGGCAUUCUCAUUGUCCGGUGCUUCCGGAUUCUUUUGGAUCCAUAUCGAAGCAUGCCAACCUCUACCUGGGCUGAUGGACUUGAAGGCCUGGAGAAAGGGCAGUUCGACCAUGCCCUUGCUUAGAAGGGAUGGCGCAGGAUCUCCUCCUGAGGAGAUGAAGUGCUUCGUGUCUUGGCGAGGAUUCCCUUUAUGUAGUGUUCUCAACAAAUCAAAUUUAAACAAUAUUUGGUCCCAGGACCAUAAUCCAUUAUUCCAUAAAUAUGCAGUUGGAUUAAAGGCAUUUGGGGCUGUUGGAAAUGGACAUUUAUAUAACUAACACAACAUAAGAAGGUUUAAAUUUUUAUGUUUGCUCAAUGAAUGAAUACUCUUAAACUUGUGUGAUUGUGAAACCAAGAGCAUCAAUACUGACAUAGAUUUGCCAUCAAACACACACCACCUGAUCUGACUAAAGUAUAAAAGACUAGAAAGGAUCUCAUAUGAAUCUGGUGACAAGAUCAGGAAGAGAUUUCCUUGCUCUAAUUAUGUCUAUAUUUGUUUUAUUUCAUGCGCAUCUAUCUGGGUCUUGAGCAGAAUGAGGAAGAUUGCGCUGAAUGGACCCAAAGUAGUUCCUUGUUUUCUCCUAAAGCAGGGAGCAUUGGGAAGCAAUGGCAAAGCUUAAGAGAUGGUUCUGUCCUUGGUAAAUGUGAGUGAGAAUUGUGUUUUGUUUUUCAAGUAAAAUUUAAUUCAAAGGCUACAGAGUUUUAAAAACUAUUUACCAAGCCAACUACAUUAUAUGUAUUCAUAUUAAUAACAUGUGUAGAGGUAGCUAUACAUUACUUGAAUUUACUCUUUACACAAAUGAUUUAAAUAAUAGGCUGCAAGUGCAGCUUCAAGUUUUUUUUUUAAUGAAAAGUCAAUUGUUUAGAGGAGAAGACUUUUUUUUUUCAGAGGGAUGUGUAUUUAUGAUUGUAUAUAGUCACCAAAUAAAACUUUUCAAGAAACA